AGCAAAAGUUCCCAAGAAUGGCUCCAACUCAAACAUUUCUCUUUCUUGCUUUUCUUGCAAUAACUUCAUCUCUUUGCUUUGCUUCUGAUCCUAGUCCUCUCCAAGACUUCUGCGUUGCUGAUAACACUUCAAAUGUGUUUGUGAAUGGGUUUGUGUGCAAGAACCCUGCAAUGGUGACAGCCAAUGAUUUCUUUCUCUCUGGCCUAAACAAGCCUGGUGACACAUCAAGUCCUCCAGGUUCUAAGGUAACUCCAGCCAAUGUAGCUCAAAUACCAGGGUUAAACACUCUUGGUGUAUCUUUGGCUCGCAUAGACUUUGCUCCUGGUGGACUUAACCCUCCUCACACUCAUCCUCGUGCUACCGAAAUCCUCGUUGUUCUUAAAGGCACUCUUUACGUUGGUUUCGUCACUUCUAACCCCGAUAACAAGCUCUUUUCGAAGGUGUUGAAUGAGGGGGAUGUUUUCGUAUUUCCGCAAGGUCUUAUACAUUUUCAGUUCAAUCAUGGUCCAUCAAAUGCAGUUGCAUUUGUAGGGUUUGGUAGUCAGAACCCUGGAACAAUCACAAUUGCUAAUGCUGUGUUUGGAUCAAAGCCUCCAAUUUCUGAUAAUGUUCUUGCCAAGGCUUUCCAAGUUAGCAAGGAAAUUGUUGACAAACUUCAAGCUCAGUUCUGGCCUGAUAAUUAAUAACUAAGUUUCAUGGAUUAUAAUAUAUAUAUGUGUAAGCAUAUCUAAUUAAGUUUGGUUUGAGAAUAAGCUGACAUUGCUCAUGUGUGAGCAUGCAUGUCUGCAAGUUUGUACU